GCGAGGGACACAGCCGGCGGUGGCGGCGGCGGGACGACACUCGAGUUACACAUAAGCUUGAGCGUGUAGCAUCUCGGACACACGGGAAUCAGCCACAUCCUUGUUCAUAGGCUCGGGUUUGUGUGAAAAGAGGCAACGAUGAUAACGACGAUGGUGACGAUUAAUCAAACGGAGACGCAGUACAACAACGGCUACGUGCAGGAGGAGUACAUGCUCCAGGAGGAUGAGUGGGACCGAGACCUGCUGCUCGACCCCGCCUGGGAGAAACAACAGCGCAAGACUUUCACUGCAUGGUGCAACUCGCACCUGCGUAAGGCUGGGACUCAGAUUGAGAACAUCGAGGAGGAUUUUCGUAAUGGACUCAAGUUGAUGCUCCUUCUAGAAGUCAUUUCUGGUGAAAGACUGCCUAAACCAGACAGAGGAAAAAUGCGAUUUCACAAAAUAGCCAAUGUGAACAAAGCCCUGGAGUACAUCACCAGUAAAGGGGUAAAGCUGGUGUCCAUCGGAGCAGAAGAGAUCGUUGAUGGAAAUGUAAAGAUGACUUUGGGAAUGAUCUGGACCAUUAUCCUCCGCUUCGCCAUCCAGGAUAUCUCGGUGGAAGAAACCUCUGCUAAAGAGGGCCUGCUGCUGUGGUGCCAGAGGAAGACGGCUCCGUACAGGAACGUCAACGUCCAGAACUUCCACUGCAGCUGGAAGGAUGGCCUGGCCUUCUGCGCCCUUAUACACAGACACAGACCAGACCUGAUUGACUACUCCAAACUCAACAAGGAUGAUCAUCUUGGCAACCUGAACCUGGCUCUGGAAAUUGCAGAGAAACACCUUGACAUCCCCAAAAUGCUGGAUCCAGAAGAUAUCAUCAACACCCCCAAGCCUGACGAGAGAGCCAUCAUGACCUACGUGUCCUGCUUCUACCAUGCUUUUGCUGGAGCCGAGCAGGCGGAGACCGCUGCUAACAGGAUUUGCAAAGUUCUUGGGGUCAACCAGGAGAACGAGAAGUUCAUGGAAGACUAUGAGAAACUGGCCAGUGAGCUGCUGGAUUGGAUCCGCCGCACCACCCCGUGGCUGGAAAACCGCUCUCCCGAGACCUCUAUGGCAGCCAUGAGGAAGAAGCUUGAAGAUUUCCGCGACUACCGUCGCAUUCACAAGCCGCCGAAAGUGCAAGAGAAAUGUCAGCUGGAGAUCAACUUCAACACGCUGCAGACCAAACUGCGUAUUAGCAACAGGCCUGCCUACAUGCCCUCUGAGGGGAAAAUGGUGUCGGACAUUACGAGCGCUUGGCAGGGUCUGGAGCAGGCAGAGAAAGGCUAUGAAGACUGGUUGCUGAGUGAACUUAGACGCCUGGAGCGUCUUGACCACCUGGCUGAGAAAUUCCAGCAGAAAGCAUUCACCUACGAGAGCUGGGCUAAAGGUAAGGAUGAGCUCCUGACUCAGAAGGACUAUGAGCAGGCCUCUCUAACAGAGGUGCGGGCUCUGCUCAGGAGGCAUGAGGCAUUCGAGAGCGACCUUGCUGCACAUCAGGACCGGGUGGAGCAGAUCGCUGCCAUCGCACAGGAACUCAAUGAACUGGAUUACCAUGCAGCAGCAGCCAUUAAUGAGCGUUGUCAGCAGAUCUGUGAUCAGUGGGAUCAGCUGGGAACGCUGACUCAGAAAAGGAGAGAGGCUCUGGAGAGGACAGAGAAGUUGCUGGAGACAGUCGAUCAGCUCUUCCUGGAGUUUGGUAAAAGAUCUGUUCCGUUUAAUAACUGGAUGGAGGGAGCCAUGGAGGACCUGCAGGACAUGUUCAUAGUGCACAGCAUAGAGGAGAUAGAGAAACUGAUUUCCGCCCAUGACCAGUUCAAAAUGACACUGCCUGAGGCAGACGUGGAGAGGCAGGCCAUCCUGAGCAUCUACAACGAGGUGCAGAAAAUCACCCAGGCUUACAACAUCUCUUCCAAACUCACCAACAUGUACUGCAAAAUCACCCCGGCUGAGAUCGGCUUCAAAUGGGACAAGGUGAAGAGGCUGGUUCCUCAGAGGGAUGCUGCAUUAAGGGAUGAGUUAUCCAAGCAGCAGGCGAACGAGCGCCUCAGAAGGCAGUUUGCGGCCCAGGCCAACGCGAUUGGACCCUGGAUACAGGCACGCAUGGAGGAGAUUAUACGCUGCUCUGUGGAUGCAAGUGCCACUCUGGAGGAUCAGAUGAAUCAGCUGAAGCAGUAUGAGGGGAUGAUCAUCAACUACAAGCCCAACAUCGACAAGCUGGAGGGAGAUCACCAGUUUAUCCAGGAGUCACUCAUAUUCGACAACAAACACACCAAGUACACCAUGGAGCAUAUCCGUGUUGGAUGGGAGCAUCUCCUGACGACUGUGGCUCGCACCAUCAACGAGAUCGAGACUCAGAUCAUGAUCCGCGACGCCAAGGGCAUCAGUCAGCAGCAGCUCACCGAGUUUCGCUCAUCCUUCAGCCACUUUGACAGGAGUAACCUUGAGCAAGUGUGUUCUACUGAUUUUAAAGCUUGCCUGAUUCUCAUUGCGUAUUCUGUCUCUCAUUCAAUCCUGCAGAAGAAGAAAGGAGGAAUGGAUACUGAUGAAUUCCGUGCAUGUCUCAUCUCCAUGGGUUAUGACCUGGGCGAGGCGGAAUUUGCUCGGAUCAUGUCAGUGGUCGAUCCGAACGGUAAAGGAACGGUGACGUUCCAGUCGUUUGUGGACUUCAUGACCCGGGAGACCACUGAGACUGACACUGCUGAACAAGUCGUCGCCUCCUUCAGGAUUCUCGCUGGUGAUAAGCCGUUCAUAAUGAUUGAAGAGCUGAGGCGUGAACUGCCUCCUGAACAGGCUGACUACUGCAUCGCCAGGAUGCCUCUAUACACCGGACCUGAUGGAGUGCCAGGAGCCCUAGAUUACCAAGCCUUCUCUUCUGCCCUUUAUGGAGAGAGUGACCUUUAAACACACACACACACACACUUUUUUCUUUCUCUUGAUUGCCAUGUGUUACAUUACUGAUUCUAGCACUCCGUCCUCCUACAACCUUCCCUCAUGACUCAAAAGCAUGUUAUCAUCUACCACACAGUGUGUCUCCUUUCCAGGUGUAGACUUAUAUCGCUAGUGUGCUAACUAGCUGGUUCACUACUUAACUAGUUGUUAUUUAACAUGGAAGAUUAAAGUAGUUACAUGAUGUUACAUCAGUAAAAACAUGUAUCUAAAAUAUUUGCCUACAUAAACUUAUUUUUUAAAAUAAUAAUAGCUUAUCCACCAUGUUUGCUUAUACAUCAGAUUUAUUUCAAUGCCUUCUGGGUCAUUUUUUGCUCCAGAGUCUUUCCUACUCUGUCUGCUGCAGUCUCAUUUCACUCCAAGACAUGAUUGAACAAAUCUCAUGAGCUUCUUAAGUGGGAGGCAGUUAUGGAAAAGGGUGAGGGAACGUCAACAAGAGUGCUUUAAAAAAAGUACUGGAACACAGAAUGCAUUUUCUUUUCCUUAAAUAACACGAAAAUCCCUUAAUUAUUAAAACUGCAACUACCUUUAUUUAUGAACCAGGAGAAAAUUCAACAUUACUUAAACACAAUAUACUGUAUUAAUAAACCUUUAAACAGGUUGUCUAUUGUUGAUCUGAGUCACCUCGAUAAUAAACGCCUGAAUCAGUUCUGUGCUGUCAGCAUGUGAAAUUAUAACACUGCAUUGGUCGCCAUAAGCCUCUGAUGAUUCAUUUAUUCCUAAGUUGAUCAAGAACAUGGCUCAUACAUAGAUAUUCACACAUAAAGUUAUGUAAUCAA